GUACGACCGUUAAGGCGGGUCUAUACCAAUAUUCAGACAGACAACCAUUUGUGAUUCUCUCACGGAGACUGAGGGAGACAGACUUAGAUACAGAAGAAAAUGGCCGAUCAACUAACAGAGGAGCAAAUUGCUGAGUUCAAAGAGGCUUUCUCGCUAUUUGACAAAGAUGGUGAUGGUACCAUCACAACCAAAGAGCUGGGCACAGUCAUGCGCUCCCUUGGCCAGAACCCUACAGAGGCAGAGCUGCAGGAUAUGAUCAAUGAGGUGGAUGCAGAUGGAAAUGGAACAAUAGACUUCCCUGAGUUUCUGACGAUGAUGGCAAGGAAGAUGAAAGACACUGACAGCGAGGAGGAGAUCAGAGAAGCUUUCCGUGUCUUUGAUAAGGAUGGGAACGGAUAUAUUAGUGCUGCUGAGCUGCGCCAUGUUAUGACAAACUUGGGAGAGAAGCUAACAGACGAGGAGGUGGAUGAAAUGAUUAGAGAAGCAGACAUUGAUGGAGAUGGUCAGGUCAAUUAUGAAGAAUUUGUACAGAUGAUGACAGCGAAGUGAAGGCCUUGUACAGAAUUUCUUGUAUAAAAUGAUCUGCAUUUUCUCGUUUGUAAUUUCUGUAAAAUGUUUCAUUUUAAUUUUCCCAUCCUCUCCUGCUGUCCAAAGGAUCUGCAUGUAUACUAUAAGAUUUGAGUGCUCAUGCCUUCCCCAACUCCCAUUCAUUGUAAACAAUCUGUUGGAAGCAGCAGUUAUGGGACCAGGUGAUAUAGGCACAGAUGCCGGCUACUACGCACAGGCUCCCUUUCUCCCCUCUGUUUUUCUGUCUGCCUACCUGAAAAGCGAUGACAUCAAGGGUCCAGCUGACUAAGAGGGGCGUCAUUUCAUCAAUUUUGGCAUGAUUUUUUUCCUCUCUUUUUGUUUUAUGUGGAGGAGCAACUCUGCAUGGACAAUGGACUGAGUGUGACUAGAAAUGGAAAAAGUCUUCAGUAUUGCACUAUUGCAACACCAUUGAAUUAAAUACUAACGGGUUUAUCGCCAGGUACUCAUACACUCUAAUCUUUUUGUAUUUGUUUUGUUCUUAAGAUUUUUAAUUGGUCAAUUUUUUUCUUUUCUUUUUUUAACUGCUUAUGGUACAGCCAUGCUUCAGAAUCCAUUCCAAGUUGUAUAUUUGUUUUCCAAUAAAAUUAACAAUUUACCCAAAAA